GCAGUCAAUAGUCAACGCAUAAAUCUCUUCUUCUCCUUCUUCAUGCAGCGUUUUCUCUACGGAGAACCAACUUCAACUAGAAAUAACCUCCAUAGAUUCUCACAAACAAACAGAAAAAAAAAAAAAAAAAAAAAAAAAGGUCUUCUUUCUUCAAUAAUGGAAUUUUUUAAUCUUCUUGCAUCAAUCUUCUUCUGUUUUCUUUGUUUUCAAUCGGAUAUUUCCUUCUCCGACAUCAUCGCCGACAGAUUGGCACUCACCAGAUUCCGCUCCGCCGUACGCGGGAACACACUCCGGUGGAACAUUUCCAACCCGUCCCCCUGUUUAUGGCAAGGAGUCACAUGCGACAAUUCCAGCAACCGUGUCACCGCCCUUCGCCUCCCAGGUGCCCGGCUCUCUGGACAGAUCCCACUCAACUCCAUCGGGAGCUUAACCCAACUUCAGGCACUCAGCCUCCGUGGAAACCUCCUCUCCGGCGAAAUACCGCAAGACCUGGAGUUUUGCUCUGAGCUCGAUAUGCUUAACCUGCAAAACAACCGAUUUUCCGGCGAAAUUCCGGUGACCCUUUUUAGGCUCUCUAAUCUAACCCGAUUAGACAUCUCGGGCAACAAUUUUUCUGGAGAAAUAUCGCCCAAUUUAAGCAAUUUAACAAGAUUGACGCUUCUUUUUCUACAAAACAACCAAUUCACCGGACAAAUUCCGGACAUCAACACUUCCUUAACACAAUUCAACGUCUCUAUGAAUAGACUCAACGGUAGUAUCCCCACCCGCCUAGCCAAUUUUCCGAUCGAAUCAUUCACAGGCAACGAUUUAUGCGGCAGUCCUCUAAGUUCUUGCUCAAAUGAAGGCAAAAGCAACAAACUUUCCGGCGGAGCAAUCGCCGGAAUCGUAAUCGGAUCAAUUCUGGGGUCAAUUUUGAUCAUCGUAGUGAUUUUCUAUCUGUGUAGAAACUUUAUCAGAUCAAGAAGUUCAACGCGAGCUGUUCAAGAUGCAGCGUCAACAGUACCACCAUCACCGGUGAAGCCACCGGAAUACGCCGCCCGGAGUCCUGAUCAUAUCAUGGUCGGUGAAAACACCGGGUCAGAUGAAGGGUAUUCGAGUCGUGUAGAAAAUAAGGAUGAAUUAGUGUUCUUUGGACAUGGUGGUUUCUUUCUGGAUGAUCUAUUGAGAGCUUCAGCAGAGGUUUUGGGGAAAGGAACUAUAGGUACAACUUAUAAAGCGUACUUAGACCAUAGUGAAGUGAUUGUGAAGAGGCUCAAGAAUGUUAGUGUUACUAAAAGGGAGUUCACCAAGAGAAUUGUGUGCAUUGGUGAGUUGUACCAUGAGAAUCUUUUGCCUGUUAGAGGUUACUAUUUUGGGAAAGAAGAAAAACUUCUUGUUUUUGACCCGAAGCCCAUGGGAAGCUUGUCUUCAUAUUUAAAUGGAAAUGAAGAGGCAAGAUCUCUAUUGACAUUUGAGGUUAGAAGUAGGAUUGCUUUUCAAGUUGCUAUAGGCCUUGAACACCUCCAUUCUCACAAUCUUCAACAUGGCAACAUCAAAUCAAACAACAUCCUACUUACCGAAGAGUUUCAAGCUUUGAUAUCUGAAUCAGGGUUGAUCCAACUUGUGUCAUCUCCAACCACAGGUUUAUCUGGUUAUCGUGCCCCUGAGUUGAUUGACACGCGUAUAGCAUCCAAAGAUGCGGAUGUUUAUAGUUUUGGGAUACUGAUUCUUGAAUUGCUAACGGGUAAGGAUCCUACCAUUUUGUUGAAUGAGGAAGGGGUUGAUCUUCCCACAUGGGUCCAAUCCGUGGACGAAGGGAAGUGGAUGAGUGAUGUUAUCGAUUUGAAUUUGGGAAAUGAUUCAAGCAAUGAGGAGAAGAUUAUGAAAUUAUUGCAUCUUGGCAUUCGUUGUGCUUCUAAGGUACUACGUAGGCGAGGUUCUAUGACGGAAGUUGCACAACAAAUCAAGAAAAUAUGUGUGGUUUGAAGGUUUUAUAAACUUUGGAAUCUUGAUGUAAAUUAGUAAAUGAGAAAAGAAAACAAUUGAUAUUUUUUGUGGAUUGAAUGUAUAGAAGAAAUUUUGAUUGAUCCAAACUUGCAUUAAUUUCAUUA